UACAUGGGUUUGGCGGUGGGAGGGAGUUCUGUUCUAACAUGUUUCGGAUGUUGCAUCAUUCAAUUUUUCGUCAGAAAUAGUUAUACACCUUUUCCUUGUUAUUCUUGUGAUUUCUCUAUCGUCUUGGUAAAGGGACUGUAAACUGGCAGAUUAUAGGAAAUAAGAGACCGGAAAUGGCGUUAGGAUAGACUGGGACAACGCUAAAAAUCAGGAUCCUCUCUCAGCAGUCUAGAAUGAAUUCAGCCUGUUCGCGCCUGCGCACUACCCCGACUUGGUUGCGCUGUCUCGUGCGAAAGGGAAUUGCGAAUCCAAGCAGCUCGCGCAGCCUGGUCAAAGCUCUCGUGCCGCCGCUGGUGCUGGACGUGUACAGUCGGAGAGCCCUUGUGCAGUGUUAGAGACGUGUUGAAAUCACAUAAUCGGAUGUCUAUUUUGGUGACCUUCUAUCCUCAUCUUAUAAUUAUCACGUAGCGAAGCCGUUGGUGUGAUUCCGGACAGAUUGACCGACGGAAAGACUGACUGGAGAGGAAGUGAACAUACAAACGGAUUGCCAGGAGGAUCGUGGGAGGGAUAACCAGACCCUGGUCCUGGAGCGGAGGGGCUGAAUGACAGAGCAGCACAUGUGGAGGGCUAGCAGGCCGACCGCCACGUCCUGACCUCCGACCGCUGAAGUCCCGCUCCCCCCCCCUCCCCCCCUCCCCCCGACCCCUACACGCAACGAGUGACCUCAGCACUGGGUGUCACGGAAACGGAAUAGCAAGGAAGUACCGCUCCUCCGCAGGCAUGAGGUCCUUCCGUUCCUUCGGCAACGACGACCGCCAUGUCAUGGCAAAGCACUCCACCAUCUACCCGUCCUCGCAUGACCUGGAAGCCGUCCAAUCGCUGGUCUCUACCGUGGAGUGCGCCCUCAAGCAGGUCUCCGAUUGGCUGGACCGGAGCAACAGUAACGGCGUCGGCACCGUGACGGCGAUCAGCCCGGCCGAGCCCGGCGCCAAGCAGGACAAGGACCCAGGGGACAAGGACCAAGGGGACAAGGACACAGGGGACGAGCACGGGGAAAAGCCUGCAGACGAGGAGGAGGAAGACGCAGAUGGAUACAGGGAGCCCGGAGGAGGCGGGUCUCUGUGUGGGGUGCUGCGGAUCGGCCUGGUGGCCAAGGGCCUGCUCAUCAAGGACGACAUGGACCUGGAGCUGGUCCUCAUGUGUAAAGACAAGCCCACCGAGACGCUGCUGGACACGGUCUGUCAGAACCUGCCCACACAGAUACAGACGCUGUCGGACGGCAAGUACGAGAUCACCAGCUCCCUCCCCGAGGCGGCCAUUCUGGUGAAGACCACAACGGAGCCCAAGCUCACCCUGAAGAUCACGCUCACCUCCCCCGCCAUGAGGGACGAGGAGGACGAGGAGGAGGAGGAGGAGGAGGAAGGAGAGGAGGAAGAACAGGAGGAGGAGCAGCAGGAACAACAGAAACAACAGCAGGAGAAGGAGCCAGAGGAGAAGGUCGUGAAGCAGGAGGGAGUCGAGCUGGAGGAGAACCAGGAGGAGGACGUGCGAGUGUUGAGCGCUGCAGCGCAGAGAGUGAAGGCUGAGGAGGAGAAACAGGAGGAGGGGGAGUCUCUGGACAGGCACACAUGUCUGUUGGCCCUGGCAGCCCUGCGACACGCCAAGUGGUUCCAGGCCAGGGUGAACGGACUCAAGUCGUGCGUCAUCGUGCUCCGGAUCCUGCGGGACAUGUGCAACAGACACGCCGUCUGGGCGCCGCUCAGAGGAUGGCCCCUGGAGCUCAUCUGUGAGAAGGCUAUCGCCACCUGCAACAGACCUCUGGGAGCGGGCGAGGCCCUGCGCAGAGUGAUGGAGUGUCUGGCCUCUGGCAUCUUACUACCAGGCGGUCCGGGACUACACGACCCGUGUGAGAAGGAGCCCGCCGAUGCCCUGGCCCACAUGACGGACCAGCAGGCCCAGGCCGUUACACACAGCGCCCAGCAUGCGCUGAGACUCAUGGCCUUCGGACAGAUCUACAAAGUGUUGGAGAUGGACCCCCUUCCCUCAAGUAAACCAUCCCAGAAAUACCCUUGGUCUGACAAAGAAGGUUCCGGUCUGAAGCGGCCGUACGAGGAUGGUGCGAUGGAAGACAGAGACCUGAUCAAGAAGAUGAAGAGGAACCUGAGGAAAGUCCUGGACAGCAAGGCCGUAGAGUCCAACCAGCCCAUGAACGCCCUGAUGCGUCUGAACCAGAUCCGGCCGGGGCUGCAGUACCGCCUGCUGUCCCAGUCGGGCCCGGUCCACGCGCCGCUCUUCACCAUGUCGGUGGACCUGGACGGCACCGUGCACCAGGCCGCAGGCUCCUCCAAGAAGACCGCCAAGCUGCACGUCGCCGUCAAGGUGCUGCAGGCCAUGGGCUACCCCACGGGCUUCGACUCGGACCUCGACCCCAUGAGUUCGGACGAGAGGUCGGACGGCGAGGGCAAGAGCGAGACGACGGCCAACGCCGGCAGCCACCCGACGCACUCCUCGGACAGCUCCAACACGCUGGAGGUGAGGACCCAGGGCCCCAUCCUGACGGCCAGCGGGAAGAACCCCGUGAUGGAGCUGAACGAGAAGAGACGCGGCCUGAAGUACGAGCUCAUCUCAGAGAGCGGGGGUAGCCACGACAAGCGCUUUGUGAUGGAGGUGGAGGUGGAUGGGCAGAAGUUCCGCGGGGCGGGGCCCAACAAAAAAGUGGCUAAGGCGAGCGCUGCCUUGGCCGCCCUGGAGAAGCUCUUCUCCGGUCCCAACGCCGCCGCGAACAAGAAGAAAAAGCCCCUACCUCAGCAGACCAAAGGAGCGCUGGCGGCGGCCUCGGCGGUCGCGGCCCAGGUGGCGCGGGGCCGAGGGAGGACGGCGCUGGCGAGGGGGGCCUUCGUCAGCGCCGCCGCCGCGCCCGGAUACGUCACGCCAGGUAGUCCGCCCGUCUGGACGGCCUCGGGCUGGAACCCCAAUGCCCGCAGUCUACACAGCUUUGGCGCGCCGUACGGCUACACUCCUGCUGCUGCUGCAGCUCCCGCCUAUGGUUUGCCCAAGAGAAUGCUUCUGUUACCGGUCAUGAAAAUGCCCGCCUACCCCUACCCCGCCCACUACCACUUCUUUUAGCGCCCGGGGGGAGGGUGGGAGGGAGGGACACACUGAUCCACAAACCAAACGCACCUAGACCUGUUUAGUUUUUCUAGUCUCAAUGUUAUUUUUCCUACGAUUUCUAUGGGGGACAUUUGAGUCAAACUUUAGCAAACGAUUUGUAAAAGUGGUUUUAAGUACUCUUUUCUUUUGUUCUAUGUUCUGUUUAUUUUUUUUUAAUUUCCAAAAACUUCUGAUUGAGAAAAAAAUACUGCAGGUUUAACUUUUUAAGAUAAAAAAACUUGAAGGAUUUGUACUGUGAAUUGUUACCUCAUUCUGUGAGUCUAAAUUAUAAAUAUAUAUUUGAACUUUUUGUUUAUUUGUUGUGCUUAUGCUUCGUUGGGAAGAGGUUAGCCCUGAGAAACGACACACACAUACAUGCAAACAUACACACACACACCAACACACACACCCUUGUACAAAUCUGUGUGAGUUGUGUGAAGAAUGUAUAGGUUUAAAUGACACAAUGUGGAAAAAAAUAAAUAAAGUAUCUCUUAUAAAACGGUAACACUGCCUGGUGUGUAUAUGCCCUCACUUGGUAACAAAUACGACUGGACCACUGCUUUGGUUUCAAAAUAAUAUACAUUUUCCUGUCACUCUUUAGUGGAGAAGGGCAGGCCGGUUUGUUCUACUCUCUCCUGUAGAGAAGUCAACAUGUACGAAGGUACCGAGUCCGUCUGUCCGUCCGUCCCCCCUCCCUCGUGUUGUAAUAAAAACACAAUGACCUCAGGAAGGAGCACUCCAGGAAAGAGCUGGAACAUUCCACGUCCUCUCCACUGCCAUUGCUUUAUCUUAGUGGCCUUUUUUUCCGUCUGCUGCGUUGGAUUCAGAGAGUCCAUCUGUGGAUCAGAUUCCACCAAUGAUCUUCUACUUUGAGCGUCAAUGUUUUAAGGGCACAACAUGACAAGCCCUACCUUUUAGUACUUGACCAUAUGGAAAGGUUAAUUAAUAUUGCUUAAUGCAGUACUGUAGUACAGUAGUAAUGCAGGCUAAUGAGCACUAGUGUAUAGCAUUAGUAUAGGAUUUCGGUUUCGGGUUAGUUUAACUUUCACCCUGUUCAAUAAAGUAUUUAUUAAUGCCUUUGUUUGCAUCAACAGCAUUUGUAACUGUUAAUUAACUGUCAUUUAACGCUUAUUACUGCAUUAAAUUAUUUAAAAUGAAUUGUUAAUUAAUGUACCCUUAUUGUACAGAGUAACGUUUGGAAGUUAUGAACAGCUACAGCCAAUAUCCUGCAUUGUUGCAAAGAUGAAAACUAACUGCAUUAUUCCAUAUUAAAAACGUAAUGAAUGAGAAAUGCAAUUAUUUCCUGCUAGUUUCAAGUGAUGAGGUUGAACUCAGAACCAACCGUUUUUUUCCGUUAUAUCCAAAUGACCCUUUAACUAAGACAAAUGAAUGGUUGAGAAAUAAUCACAACACAAAUAACCACGUACUGGUCAAUACAAAGCAUUAUUCAAAGGUGAGCGCUGUGGCUAAUCAGGAGUACCAAGGUUCCUGCUGACGUCUCCAUGGUUACGGCUAUGAGGCUCACCCAUUGGUUUGUUCUGAGUUAUCCAAUGGUUGGUUAAGAUCCAUAAUAUUCCAUUAAUAAAUGUAGAUGUAUGUGUGUGUGUGUGACCUUACAGCUGUUACUCAUCUGUUUGCCUUUUUUUUUUUUUUUUUUCCUCAUACUAUAUUUCAGUCACAAAUAGUUUGAAUGAUUUAAGAAUCUUGGUGCCACUGCUGUUGUACAGAGUAUUUAAACCAAAUCUUUCAGAUGAGAUGUUAGACCUAGAGACUGGACCCUAAAGAUCCUAUGACACGCAUCACUGGAGUAGGGGGCUAACCCCGGUGUCUCACUCAUCACUAGGGUAGGGGGCUAACCCCGGUGUCUCUCUCAUCACUGGGGUAGGGGGCUAACCCCGGUGUCUGUACCACUCAUCACUAGAGUAGGGGGCUAACCCCGGUGUCUCUCUCAUCACUAGGGUAGGGGGCUAACCCCGGUGUCUCACUCAUCACUAGGGUAGGGGGCUAACCCCGGUGUCUGUACCACUCAUCACUAGAGUAGGGGGCUAACCCCGGUGUCUCACUCAUCACUAGAGUAGGGGGCUAACCCCGGUGUCUCACUCAUCACUAGAGUAGGGGGCUAACCCCGGUGUCUCACUCAUCACUAGAGUAGGGGGUAACCCCGGUGUCCUGUCCCUUGCACUAACAUGGCCCCCUAACCCUCCCCUUGUCUCUAAGUCUAUCAUUACGUUCCUCCCCUCUCGGCUGUGAGGGCCAGGGUGGGGUGAGCAUUGUGAUGCAUACUGGCAACCAAGCCUCACUCGGCGGGUGCUACGCUCGUCUGAACUCUGGCCAGAAUGCGACAGUAGGGUGACAGUUGCCCCAACAAUUGCCCCAAAAAAUGAUUCGCGAUAAGAAAAGUAGUAAAUAUGUUCAAGAAAUAUCUGACAAGAGGAGUACAGCCGGAAAUUGCCUUUGAGCAGUUCUUAUGGUUGACGCAUUAACGCCCCAAAUAACAUUCACAGUCAAAUGUCGUCUGUAGGCUACUGUCUGGAGCAGUUUCACGUGGCCAUACAAUUAUUUAUUGACGACCAUCUUCAACUCUAAUGACUUCUGAUUCCUCUGUCUUUCUCUGCCUUAUCUGGUUGUCUCUCUCUC